GAUACCACAACAAGUAAAAACCCACUCGUCAUCCGUUACCCAUUGUCAAAUUCGAGCAUUAAAAUCAUUUUAAGAUAUUAUAUAGACAAGGGAGAAUGUAAAAUUCCAAAUUCCACUGGUUCUUUUACUUUGUUGCGACAAGCCGUCAAAGAAAAGUUCGAUAAGUUAGAGAAGACAGAAAUAAAUGACAUUAAUUUCGAGUAUUUUCAGGGCAAUGUUAAAAAAGGAGAAAUAGUUGAAAAUGAGUUUCAUUUUAACACAUUAGUGGAUAAUAUCCAGCUAAACGAUAAAAAUGAACGUAUUAUCAAUUAUUUGAAGGUUCAAAUAAAAGGAAAAAAGGUGUAUGGCGAUUGGGAAGUUGCAAAAAUUUACGAUGAUUUAUUUACGUCUAGCGAAACAAUUGGCAAAUUCGAAAUAGGUGAUCUUCCAGAAUUGUCUCCUUCACUUGACCGUGAUGAAUUGAAAAGCUUU